CACACUUUACAAGCAAAUUGUUGGCAGUUUAAUGUAUUUAACUGCAACAAGACCUGACAUUAUGUAUUCUGUAAGCCUAAUCAGCAGGUAUAUGGAAAAUCCCACGGAAAUGCACUUGCUUACAGCCAAGAGAAUCCUUCGUUACUUGCAAGGAACUAAGGAUUUUGGGUUGUUCUACAAGAAAGGAGAAAAGAUGGAGCUGGUUGGGUUUACUGACAGCGAUUAUGCAGGUGAUCAAGAUGACAGGAGAAGCACCUCGGGAUUUGUUUUUAUGUUUGGCACAGGUGCAGUUUCGUGGUCUUCAAAAAAGCAACAAAUUGUUACUUUAUCCACCACCGAAGCUGAAUUUAUUGCUGCCACAGCUUGUGCUUGUCAAGCUAUUUGGAUAAGAAGAAUCCUUGAAGAAUUACAGGUUCAGCAAAUUGGAGCUACAACGGUAUUUUGUGAUAACAACUCAGCUAUCAAACUCUCCAAAAAUCCGGUGUUACAUGGGAGAAGCAAACACAUUGAUGUGAGAUACUACUUCUUGCGAGAUCUCAGUAAUGAUGGCAUGAUCAACCUAGUUUAUUGCAGAAGUGAAGAUCAAGUUGCAGAUAUACAAACCAAACCUCUUAAACUUGCUGCAUUUAUGAAAUUGCGCGGUCUACUUGGAAUGUGUUCGCGAUCAGCAGUAAUUAAGAAUACUGAAGAAGGAUGAUUUCUCUUAAACUGUUAUCUGCAGAUUUCAGUUUAAGGGAGGGUGUUAAAGUUUAUUUAUUUAAUUCAUUGUUUUAUUUAAUUAUUUAUUUUAUGUUGAUUUAGUCAUAAUGAACCUAGUCUUUAGGAAUGUGUUUAGGUGGCUAAGAGAGUGGUGAUUGUGUUGCUAGAAUCAUGGG